AUGUCUCUGGCAGAGGAGCUGGCGGCGGACCCAGACCUGCGGCUGGAGGCGCGCCUCGUGUUCUCUGCAGAGGACGACAACAGCGGCUCCUCCCUGCCCUCCGCCAACCCCCCCGGGAGGGUGGCCGAUGUCGUGAGGAUAUGGGGCUCCGAGAGGUUGGGAGACCUGCUUGCUAAGGUGGCGAGCGGGUGCGAGCAGCCGUCCACGGUGUGGGAGGCGAGCGCGGCGUGCAGCGACCUGGACGGCGACAUGGGCGCGGCGCACGCGCUGCUGCGCGCCCUCUACGGCCGGCGCUUCCCCGAGCUGGAGGCGCUCGUCCGGGCCGGCGCCGCCUACGCCGCCGUCGCCAGGCGCCUCGGCUGCGGCAGCGCCGGCGGGGGCGGCGCCGGCUACGGGGGCGUGGCGUUCGGGGGCGGGCUCGGGGGCGGCGCCGUCGCGGCCGCGCUGGCGCCGCUGCUGCCGCCGGCCUCCGUCAUGGUGGUCUCGCUGGCCGCCGCCACCACCAGGGGACGCAGCCUCACCGAGCACGAGCAAGAGUGCGUGACGGAGGUGCUGGACGCGGAGGCGGGAAUGACGGCGGCCCGGGCGGUGCUGGGGGCGUACGUGGAGGCGCGCAUGGCGGCCGCCGCCCCCGAGCUGGCGGCCGUGCUGGGGGCGGAGGCGGCGGCGCGCCUCGUGGCGGCGGCGGGCGGCCUGCACAAGCUGGCGCGCACGCCCGCCUGCAACGUGCUCGCGCUCGCCAAGGCCGCCGCCGCCGCCUCGGGGGCGGUGGAGCGCCGGCUGAGGCAGCUGCAGGCUCCGCCGCCGCCCAAGGAGACGCGCGCGCUGGCGCGGCCGCCGCCGGGCGUGGGCCUGCUGGGCGGCAGCGUGGGCGGCGGCACCGGCGUGUACGUGGGCGGCGGCGCGGGGCGGCGGCGCGGGGGACGGCGCGCGCGCCGGCAGCGGCGCCAGAGGGGGCAGCUGACCGCGCUGGCCCGCUUGCGCAACAGGGUGCGUCUGGCCGACGCGUGGACCGGCGCCCCUCCGGAGGCCGACGGCUGCUGGGGCUGGGACGGCGACGGCGGCGGGGGCGGCGGCGUGGGCGGCGGCGCGGCGGGGCCCGGCGGCGUCAGGGCGCCGCCCCCCGACGACAGGACCAAGGUUCGCAUCUCCAGAGCGCUGCAGCGCCGGCUGGCCGUGGAGCGGGAACGCUGCCUGGGCGCCGGCGACGUGCUGGCCACACCCACGCCAGGCACUGCGUCCAGUGUUGCCUUCUCGACGGUCGAGGGGCUCGAGAUCGUGCACCCUGCGGCGGCCGCCGCCGAGGCCCUCCCAAGGGGCCGCGGCAGGUACUUCGCUGAUGUCGGCGCCUGCUGA